CUGCCAAAAAAUAUGUCUUAUUUAUAUUAUUAUUAUCUCUGAUAUUUAGAACAAAUAUAUGGUAUAGAUUGUGUUUAAAAACUUAUAUUAAUUUUCAGAAAAUAAUGGAUGGAGACGAUCCAAAAAAUAGUAACAAUUCUGUUGUUACAUCUAUUGGCAAUUCUUGGGUUUUAUGUAGAUCUAAGUCGUACUCUGGACGUAUUUAUUACUUCAAUACAUUGACUGGAGAAGCGGCAUGGAAUUUAAGCAAUGCAGAGGUUGAAAAAGCAAAGAAAAUAACAAACAAUCUUCGAAAUCAAGUAGGAGGUCCAUUGGAGGGGUGUCCUGAGCCAAAGGAACCACCCAUGGAUUCCAGUACCCAUUGUAGUGUAUCUAGAAUGACUCAUCAACAUCACUUGCAUAAUUACGAACCAUCAAAUAUUUUUAACAACCAAGUUAUAAACACUCAGAUUACAAAGUCCCCAUUUGCCGCGCAAGUUUCACAGCAUUCUAAUUUUGUGCCCAUCAAUCAAGUUGAAACACUGGGACUGAAUAUUAAUGCACAACCCAUGUUUAAUCCAAACAUCUGGGCUAUUCCUUCCACCCACCAGAUUUUUAUAGCUCCAUCAUCAUCAACAAUAACUAAUGAAAGACAUACAUCAUUAAUUGAAUAUAAUAACUUUCGAAGCAUUGUGUCUCCUCAUCAAACAACAUUUCCACUUUCAAGACAUUUCAGUAUAAAUGAAACAAGACAUAGACAUCAUUUACGAAGACAUAUGAAUGGUUAUCAUAAGUUCAGUCCGAAGUUUUAUAAUAAUAGAUUUAGGCACAAUGCAGGUCAAAGUCACACCUCAAGAUUUAGAAAUAAGUCUAAUGAUCUUCGCCAAGUCAUAUCAGCUAAGAGAUCGGAAGAAAAAGAAUCAAUGGAAAGUCAUGAUGCAAAAAACAAUGGAUGUAAUGUGGACAAUGUUGAACCAAAAGCAUGCAGUCCUACACAACUUAAGUAUGAAGAAGAAGAAUUAUGUGCUAGUGAUGUUGAUGAUGAUUGGCUCGAGGUCCAUGGCCAUACAGAAGGAGAAAAAAUUAUGCUGGAUGUAUCACCCUUAAGAAAAUUGAUCAUACCUAACACAAAUUCUGACCGAUGGUAUAUUGUUGUUGAUAGAGGUGUUAUACUAAAUCACUACAAAUUUUUGAAUACUAUUAUUAAUUCAGAUGAAAUGUGCCAAUUGAUGAUUGCCAAAGAGCUUUUCUUAAAAAUACAGCGUGAUGCACGAGCUGACUGUGACAAACGUAUCAAGAAUCGCGCAAGAUGUGCCUUGCGUUUUCUUUCACAUCAGUUUGCUAUUGGUUCUGCUGUUAUUGGAGAAGACUCAAAUAAAUCAUCGCAAGAAAAAGAAAUUUGCUUACUAAAUUUUUGCUCAAAAUUAGUAGAGCAGCAUAACCCACUAAUUUAUAUAACUCAUGAAGAAAUUUGGCAACAGUCAAAGUUAGCAACAAAAGUACCAAUACUUACUAUUACAGAAAUAAAAGUUCUAUUAUAUACUACCACCUGUUCUAAGGAGGCUUUACAAAUUCAAAUGCCACAGCCAUUUGAGGAACGCUCUAUAAAAAUUACUAUACCAAAUAAUAAAAUGUCUGUAGAACUUGAUGGGGAAUAUUUUCCUAAUGAUAAAACCAAUGAGGAACCAAAUACCAAUAAUGAUUUUCUUAAUAAUGAGGCGCAAGAAUCUAAUAAUAAUAUUAAUUGCCUUCACAAUGAUAAUGUAGUAAAUGAAACUGUGUCAAAUGGGAAAGAAAUUGAUAUACAAACCGAUAAUACUCCUGUAGUUAAAAAGACAGUUGAUGCAGGUGUACAGACUGAUUUUGUUUCACCACAAGUUAUAGUUGAACAAGAUAUUGUUAGUAUUAAUACAAAUCCUAAUCAAAUAUUAUCUAAUAUGCCUAAUGGUAUCAGCAAUACAAUAGAUUCAAGUACAAACACAAGCAAGAAAAAGAUUCGAUUAAAGCGAAAUAUGGUAAAUGAAAUAGGUGACAGAAAUCCAGAUAAAAAACAAUAUAAAUGGCACAAAAGAAAAAAAACUGUUCCUAUUUCAUCUGCUAUUAAUAAAAAUCAAAAUUUAUCAGAUAAUGUAACUUGCAAUAGCAAGCAAAUGGAUGUCGACAAAUCAUUUUCUCAACAGCUACCUAAUGAAUUAUUAUCUAAAGAUAGACUAAACAUGUAUGAAGAUAGUAACGAAAGUAGCAAUUGUGGUAUUUUAUAUAGAAAUAGAAGCGAUAAUGUCAUUAUAGACGAAACAUCAAAUUCUGAUAUUAUAUCAAAUACAGUAAGUAAUGUAGAUUCAGAAAGUGUGCAUAGUAUUAAUACACUAAGGCCAAGUUUCAAUGAAAAUAACGAUACAGAGGUUAGCAGUGUUCUGUUUGAAAUUACUGAUCUUGGCAUGGAAGAGUAUUUAAAGAUGAGAUGUGAUGAGUGGAUAUCAAGAUUUGUACAAAUCAUGGAAGAAGUUCUAACUCAAGUACUGGAACAAGAUACCAGAGAUUUACAUAAUUCUAUGCCACCACCUUGGACUAUCCAUGAAGCAACAGAGUGUAUAAAGAAGAGAUUCAGUAAUAGUCAUAUCAUUAAUGAUGCUGCAUCAAAAUUAUCAAAUAUUUUAUUUAAAAUAAGUGAUACAGGAGGAAGAAUUGGCAUUGAAACUAAACCUGCUGAAUUCAUGGAAAUGUACAGCUAUGGGGUAUACCUUGUUAAUGCUUUACAGGCUAUACUCGAUAAGUCAGAAGAUCUCCAAACUGCUGCUGGAUCACUAGCAAACUUGUUAAGUGAUAUUAAAAAUUUGGAAGGUCACAAUGAUUCAUUUAGCGAUAAUAUCACUGAACCUUCCUGUGCAAUCUCCCAAACUACCUUUAUUAGUAAUCAAGAAAAUGGUGAUGUUGACAAUGAAGAAGCAGCUACCGGAACAUCUCCUAAAAACAUAGAAAUUGUUAGUAAUAAAAGAUCAAAUUCAGAUAAUUUGACUUCUAACAAAAAACUGAUGCAGGAUGACGAAGAGAAACCAAAAGAAGUUACAUUCGUUAGGAAAAUUGAUCUGAAGGAUUCAUUUCUAUCAUCUCUCCACUUGAAAAAAAGUAAAAUCGGAAAAUUAGAUACACCUGAAAGUCAAUGCUUAAAUAAAAUAGAGCCUAUCUCUAAUUCAACGAACAAUGUGUCUCCGGAUUUAGGCGCUAAUAAAGAACCACGCUUUAUAAGGAAUUUCACAAAAUGCUCAGAUUUUGAGGAAAGAUUAAAAAGAAAGUUUGAAGGACCACUAUUGGAAUUGAGUGGGUUGAAUUAUUCAGUUCAAUAUGACGAAGACUAUGGUAUGGAAGAAGAAGAUUAUUCUGAGGGCGAUUAUUAUGACAUUGAAGACGAUGGUGAUGAAAUUGAUGGCGACUUUGAUCCGACUGUAUCACCACGGUCAUUAAAUAAUGUCACAAAUUUACCUGAAUAUACAAAUAAAGAUAACAGAACAUUUAAAUACUUCUCUGCUAGACUUAUGAAAGAAAUAAAGGAAGCCUCCCAAGAAGUAUACGGUUUUUGUGAAAAUACAAUGCAAGAUUUAAGUAAUCUUGAGAAAAUUAGUACAGUAAGAAAGACUGAAAUCCAAAAUACAGCUGUGAAAGUUCACUUACAUAUUGAGAAUUUAAGAAUAUCUUUAAAGGGCAUACUGGAGCGAUACGCAAGUAACAGUGAAAAUGACAAUAAGACACUGUUCCAAGAAGCUGGGGUUCUUCUUGAUUCAAAAGAAUCUUUUAUAUACCGGGACAUAAUCGCCUCGUGUGUUGAUCAAGUAGAAAUCCUUCUGGAAUCUGUGAAUGUUAUUAAAGAUGUUGUGAAGUGAUUUUAUUCAUAAUACGUGAUAAUGUUUCUGAGUUUUAACUUUACCUAAUAACUGUACAUAUAGAUGCAGCUUAACGUUUUUUUAAUAUUUUAUGUCUAAAUGUAAAAAUACCAAUUAAAUUAAACAAUUUUUAAAAUAUAUUGUUUUAUUGUAAAUGUUCAUUGUUUCAAAGUAAUAAAGGUAUUAUUUUAUAGGUCGAUUUCACGAAUAACAUUAUACAAGUAGAAGUAAUAAAUGACAGUAUAUGGACGUGGAAGGGGACGGUAAUUCGUAUUUCUCAAUCUAAUAUAUUUAAAAAAAUCUUUUCACUUCAUACGAAUAUAUAUAUACAUGUCUAAAUAGAGUACUGGAGAAACUAGUCAGAAACUUUAGCAAGUGUCAUCGCUACGGUGUUUUCGACAAUAACACAGGUACUACCGUUCCUCAGAGGUGGACGUAAGUGGACAUUAAGUACUGGUAUCAACCAGUUACAAAACUACUGUUAGCAUUGAUUUUUUGAGUAGGCGUUUACUUUUGGGCCAAGACGUAACCGAUCACACUUAUUGCUAAUGCAACGACGCCUACGCUUUAGUGAGCACAAACACUUAUAAAAUUGAUACUUUAAUAUUGUAAUUUAAUACUCUAUCCAACACA